AUGAACCAAACAGGCACUACAUUACUCGCCAUUGCGAUGACAGUGGCAGGCUACCUCAGCGUGCUCUGCGCCACGCCGCCAAAUCCUCCCCCCGAACAAAAGGAUCGCCACCGAACAGAUCGCAUCAAUUUUAUUGCAGGAAGUUUCCCAACUAUUAUGCGCCGGAUUGGUAUCACUGCCAUUAUGUAUCAUGCGCUCCUGACAGCGAUUCCCCAAUACGCCCCUGCUCGCUUGUCGCAAGUGUGUCCCCUGUCCCAGAAUACGAAUACGGACCUUUUCACGUGGAAUUCUAUGACUCUGUCUGCCCUGGGACUCAUAUACCUCGGCGCGUAUAUUCGUCUCUCGGCCUACGGAGGACUCGGAAAAUACUUUACCUUUCAACUGGCUGCACCGGAUGACUUGGUAACAACUGGAAUGUAUGGCUGGAUCCAACACCCCAGCUAUACGGCCGAAUAG